AUGGAGGCCAAGGCUGCUGAUGAAAUUGCUCCAGAAAUUCCUCAGCAUGUGGCUCCAGAGACUGUGCGUCAAGAGGCUGUGAAGACUUCCACUGCAAAUCCUCAUCCCAAGCCACAAAAUCCUCACACCAAGAAGCAGAAGUUCAAGGCUGAUGAGUUCUUUGCUGAGCAUCAUUUCUUCUCGGACUACAAUCCAUACGACUCUGCUCGACUUCGUCGCAAGCAUUUUCGGACUGCCAGCCAGAUGAAUUUCUAUUCCUCAUCGCUAUUUGAUAAGGACAAAGUCUUUGACCAUGAGCAAAUUGCUCAUGUGGAUAUGGAGUCUCUACCUUGCUUCGCUCCAGUCCUUAGUGUUCUUCAUGACGCUGGGCUGCUAAACUUCUGGACUCACAUUUGCGAUUGGAAUGAAGAACUCAUUGUUCAGUUCUUCGCCACGCUGCACAUUAAUGGAAAUGUUGAAGAUGUCAAUUCAUGGGUGCUUGAUUGGAUGACUGAAAAUACUCACUACAAAGCUCCGACUUCUGAAUUGCUUCAUGCCGUCCCAGUUAGUCCUCCCACUGAAGGUGCAAGGCUCAUCUAUGCUGAACCUGAACUCUCAAAUCAUCUGAUGCAAGUGCUGAUGAAGCCUUUGAAGCCUGGCCAGGCUCCAAGGACCACAUUCCUCGUCAACGAAUUGCUCUAUAUCCGCACCCACCGCCGCCCCCGCCGCUCCUCGCUCCGCUGCCUCCUCUCCUCGCCGGCCGUCUCCGCGGCCUGCCUCCUCUUCGGCCUCGCCGGGUUCCUCGCCGCCGCGGUCUCCCUCUCCCGGGCGCCCGCCGAGGCCCCGCGGGGCUGCUGCCCGGACUCCUCGCACCCGCUCUCCGUCUCCGUCGCCUGGGACCGGCGCCCCGGGGAUGCCGCGGGCGGCGCCACCGACCUCCCGGCGGGCCUCGCCACCGGAUCGCGCGGCAGGCACAAGGUCAUGGCCUUCGUCGGGAUCUUCACCGGGUUCGGCUCCGUCGGCCGCCGCCGCGCGCUCAGGCGGACGUGGCUCCCCUCCGAUCGGCAGGGUCUCCUUCGGUUGGAGGAAGCUACUGGUCUGGCAUUCAGAUUUGUGAUCGGCAAAAGCAAUGACAAGUCUAAGAUGGCAGCUCUUGAAAGAGAGGUUGAAGAAUAUGAUGAUUUUGUGCUUUUAGAUCUUGAGGAGGAGUAUAGCAAGCUUCCAUACAAAACGUUAGCAUUCUUUAAGGCUGCCUAUGCGUUGUUCGAUUCUGAUUUCUAUGUUAAAGCUGAUGAUGACAUUUACUUGAGACCAGAUAGACUCUCCUUGCUCUUGGCCAAGGAACGUACACAUACACAAACAUACAUUGGAUGCAUGAAGAAGGGGCCUGUUUUUACUGAUCCCAAAUUGAAAUGGUUAGUUUCUUGUUUUCAUUUUUCACCUAACACUUUUCCUUGUGAAGGAUGUCUAACUCUAAGAAGCAAUACAUGCUGUUACAUGCUAAAUAUAUGGAAAGUAUGA